AUGUUACCACCACCCUGUAUUUGCAACGAUCGCUCGGACCACCUGUAUAAAGAUAACAUUUUCCCCAAACUGAUUUUUACUGUUGAAAUUGGAUAUGCUGGGCUUCAUGCACAAACCAGGAUAAGUGCAUGUAGAAAUACAACUGGAUCUUUUCCAACAUAUUCCAAUGAUAUUAUUGUCGAUCAUCUUAUAGGGACCCUAGUCACGAUGUCACGUGGUUCGCACAAGUACAUCGUUGAAAAUUCCCAUGGAAUGAGGAUGACUUAUAAAUAG